AUGUUCAAAUCAUUGUUAAGAUCCUCGUCAAUUCCACUUCGUGCAUUCGCUAGACCAACAAGCACAGUCUCACCCCUCUUACGUACUUUCACAACAACAACCCCACACCACUACAAGGCAGACAAGAACUCACAUGCUUAUAAAUACUUGCAUGAAAAACAGCCAGUUGAGACUAAAUUCACUGAAGAGCACGAAUAUGUCAAGUUAUAUGACGACGACUCGGCAUUAAUUGGUAUUACUCAAUAUGCGGCACAAGCAUUGGGUGAUGUUACAUUUGUUGAAUUGCCCGAAUUGGGAACUAGAGUUGAAAUCGGUGAGACUAUAGGAUCGGUAGAGAGUGUUAAAUCAGCUAGUGAGAUUUAUAGUCCUGUUAGUGGUGAAGUUGUUGGUAUUAAUGACAUUUUGGAAAGUGAGCCGGGAUUAUUGAACCAUGAUCCAACUGUUGAAGGAUGGAUUGCUCACAUCAAAUUGGAUGAUGCUACCCAGGUUACCAAGAGUGAAACUUUAUUGACCACUGAGGAUUAUGCAAAGUCUUUGGAAGAAGAUUAA